AGUGACAUCAGCGUCGCGCGGAAGCUCUGCGAAUUUCUUAUGCGUCGUCGUCUUCGCGUGGAAAGGUGCGCAGUUAUAAAGAGGCGUGCGCGAAGGUCCGUGAAUAGCAAAAGGGCUCGACAGAAUAUUCAUUAAGCGACGGGGGGUGUUUGUGGACAGAACUGAUAUUUAAGUCGUAUUAAAUGUGAAGAGUAAAUUGUGACUCAGAGAACAGGUGAAGUGUGUAUGUAUGAAUUACGGCAAGAACGCGCAUUAUCGUUGGUUUACUCCACGUAGUCAGUACUAGUGUUUUCACCGGAAGAAACUGCUUGCUUAGUUAGCGAAUUAUUUAUUCUGAAACCCGCGUACUGUAAAUUGUACAGUGAGACAAAUGGACUACGUUCACUGUAAUGCGUCCGCGUUAAACCAGGUGGAUGGUUCAAGAGACUAAAUCACGUUCAUUAGGAGUGUUGUGGUAGGACAAUAGAAUAGAGUGGAGCUGAACAGCAGCAUUGCACCGAGAGGAAUCGAAUGGCAAUGAACUGAACGAGAUCGCGGCUUUGAGCAUUCUGUGCAGAGCCCGUGUCCACACGCGUGCGUGAGACUCCACUCCAGUCGGCGUAGUUACGGAGGUAGCAGGGGCGGUGCUGUCGUUUGGAGGCAAGGUCAGCGAAGCUUUCCUCGCUUCCCUUGCUACUACAUCAUGUACCAGGCCGCCCUGUACGCGCGCAGCAACGAUGUGCAGCACAUGAACGUGUCGCGCGUGCUGCGCGAGUGGGCGGGGCGGCUGCGCUGGUCGCGCGAGGAGCAGGAGGCCGUGCUGGACGUGGGCUGCGGCCCGGGCGACGUGACGGCGCAGCUCCUGCUGCCGCGCCUGCCCAGCAGCGUGCGCGUGCUGGUGGGCCACGACGUGAGCGAGGAGAUGGUGCGCCACGCCGCCGCCGCCCACGCCGCGCUGGCGCCGCGCCUGCGCUUCCUGUGCACGGACAUCGCCGCGCGCGACCUGCCGGCCACGCCGCUGGGCGCAUGCGCACAGCAACUCCAGGGGUUCCACAAGGUCUUCUCCUUCUACGCGCUCCAGUGGGUGACCGACCAACGAAAUGUAGCAUCUAAAAUGUGGUAUUUUUAUAGUAUGACGACGUUGAAUCCAUUCCUCAAAAGAGUUCCAGAGGAGUUGAAGACCCAGUACAUGGAAGACUUCAUGCGAAUAUAUCAAAGAGAAAACUCGAAGUUUCUGUCUAUGGAGUUCACCCCGGAGUUCGAGCGGAACAACACACGCGUUCGUAAUAUGCAAAUAAUUGCGCACGUGGAGAAGAUAAAAGGCAAUUAAACUAUGUCAUACAGGAUACAGUUUUGUUCUCUCAGAUGAAGUUUGAGUUUACAUGCGUUCCUUAAUGGAGUGAAAAAUAUUACUGAAACAACUCAUUGGUGAAAAAACGUGCAGCUUAUGGAUUGUUCUACCUACAGAGACAGGAUUCGACCCCAGGAAAGAGCGUGGAUUAUCGAAGGGUAGUAAACUCGCAUUAUGUCUCGUGUAAAGUAAUAUAAGUGUCAAUAAACGGUCCUUAGAAGUAGAUAAGAUAUUUUCCACAUUAAUCAUAUUCUGCACACAGCCAGAUAACGAAAACUAGUUGAGGAUAACAAAUAUUAAUUAGUCUAUUGUGGAUGUGUAACGAAAAAUGUGAGUGUCAUAAAUAGUUUUUAGCUCUUGGAACCCAAAAUGUGAUAAGUAUCAAAUAAGAAAUCUCCAUGUGAAAUGGUCUAGGUUAGUAGUGCGCUAAUGUGUCACUUUCACGAUCUGAGAACUUAGAACCUUACAGACGUUAAUUGAAAGUCUAUACGAUGGUAUACAACGAACACUCUAGAUAGCGUAGUUCGUUAAGGCAAUGGCUUCUAAAUGGAGAGAAUGAGUUGGAAUCCUGCUUUGAACGUGGGUGUUCCGCAUGUUCUUAUGGCACGGUAUUCUUUUUUAUAUUUGUACGCAUUUCAUCUACUACCCUUCAUUUAGUCAUCUUCGCCCUGUAGAAGUAGGGAAGGGACAUACGCUUGCGGAGCAUUAAAAAAUAUACAAAUUACAGAUGUAAAUACUAAUUGAAAACAAAGGUCGAGAUGCAAUGGCUAGUGCACACGCCUUUUCGUUCGGUCCCCGUCACUGUCACCCUCCCCGCUCUACAUGCCACUCCACCUCGCUCACUUAUCAUCAAACGAAGAUACUUGCCAAUAGUAGAAAACGUGUGUUCUUCACUUCUGCUUUAUGAGAAGGUUAGUUUUGAAUGUAGUUUACUUUCGAAAUAUCCGGUAGACUGUGUUCCUUUCCAAAGUUAAAUAUUUAAAAAAAUACUAAAUACUGCAUUUUUCAAAAUCGUCUGAUUUUUAUCAAACCAUUUUGAAAAUUAUUUAUUAUUUCUGAGCAUUAUUUAACUAAUUGUUUCCGUAACUUACUAUAAAAAAUUAGGUUUUAUCUUUAAAAUCUUUGUUUAAUAUAAGUGAAAUAGUUCAUAGGCAAUUAACAAUAGUUCAUAGGCAAUUGUAUAUCAACCACCCCUGACCAGAAAAGUGUCACGGAGAGAUUAACAUUCAUCAGGUUGAAUCAGACCAAACUCCGAUCUGAAGAGUAUAUUCAC